AUCUCCCGUGCCUCCCAAUCGUUGUUCAAUGUGUUGUAAAUCUUGCCAUAAUUGGUCGGUCCGGACCACGAGAAUGGGUGUUUGCGGCUUCAUUCGACUCUUGUAAAAGGAAUAGUUGGCCCACAAGUGUCCUGCCAUGCCAUUGGGACCUCCAUAGCCUUGCAACGUCUCGUGUGCCAAUUGUUGGCAAUUUUGACUAAUGGUAUUUGUGGUUUUGUGGUGAAAUGCCAUGGCAAAUUGUUGAAUGGUGGGAAAGCACUGAUUGUAGAAUCUUUCUUCUCUGUUAUCAUUUUGUUUUUGUUUUUGUUGUCUUUGGAUGCGUCUUUGUGUGGUGCAUGCCUUGUCAAUAAGAGUAUAGUUCUGUCUUGGAGUUGGAAUUCCAUGGACAGUGUGGCAAUUGAUGGGAUGCAUAUAAUAGAACCAACUAAUGACUCGCUCGACUGGAUGCCUGAGACUAAUGAGAUACUGAGAUGCGUCGUGUUGAACGGUAGCUUGAUUGGGAUAAUAUCCAUUGACAUGCCAAAAGGCUCUGGUAGAACGACUCAGUUGACUCUCUGGGUAGACAAGAGUCUUGCUAGUGGUAGUAUUGUGGUUGUUGUGUCGAUCGUUCCAUUCGUUCAGACAAUACUCUCGGCUGUCAGCCUUGGUGCGACUGGUACACAACACUUGAAGCAUCGAACCAAUGGUAGUGCCUCCCGUCUUGCCCGGAUGAACAAACACAAUCAUGUUAUCAUUCUUCUUAUUGAAAAGCUGACUCCUGCUGUCCAUGACUCUCCAACCAACUAUGUUAUUGGGAUCCUCGACCAUGACUUCUCUGGCAAAGUCCAUAGUAUCCCGAAAGGUAACAUUAAUGCGAACCAGAAACACCGAAAUGGCGGCAGAAAUGUAGAUUAUCACCAACCUAAAACACGUCCGUGGAAUCUUCAACACUCGAUCUGCCUCUUUCACUUGACCACGAGGUCUAGUUGCACUCGUUGUAGUAGUGGAGGUGACACUACUUAUUGUCGAGACACUCAUGGUUGUUCAAUAUUAUUUGUGGCUAUUUGUAGCUAUCAUAGCUUGUGGCGAUGCUGAUGCUGAUGCUACAUGUAAUGCUACAUGUAAUGUUGAUGAUGGACGCAACCAACGGACGCAGUUGGGGAAGAGAGUGACAGCAUUGGCUUCGGAUUCGAUUCGAUUCGAUUCGAGAAUCUUCAUGCUGGCGCUGAGCGAGGAAAACAGAAUGUGAAUCGAAUCUUCUAUCCUCAACACUAAGAACGAUUUGAAAAUUUGGAUGGUCCGGUCAAGGGAACGACCUCAGCUUCGGCUUUGGACGAAAGGCACGGAAAAAUCUAUGCGAUUGAUGACUUUGAUGCUAUAACUGCCGUAGGCGAUCCCAUAGGAGCAUCACGCCUGAAAAGAGGAUCCGAUUGACUGCAUGUCUUUUGAACCUACCAAGUUGAGAACUGGUCUUGAGUUUGUUUGCGGGUUCCUCGAUCGAUCAUCAGGAGGCACCGGUACCGCAAACUACCUUUUUGGCCGCAUGCAUGCGUCGUCAAACGCUGAUGCAGCUGCUUUGAAUAUAACAUAUGCCGUUCACUGAUGCCUUGACUGGUCUUAUAAACGUGACAGACAAACAAGUCCAUAACGCAACACUGUUUUGGCAUGUGCCUGCAGUCAAAACCGGAAAGUCCCGUCCGGCACAAAAAGAUCCAACCCAUGCAGACAUGCAUGAAAGUAAGUGGGUGCACAUCCAUACGAUGCAUUUGAAGAACUGAGUUGUACAGCUCAUAAAACCACAACUUGGCUGAUCUUUCUCAGCAAAAACUCAAUUCAGAGACUUAGUUUGAUCCAGAAUAAGUUUCUAAAGUUCGACAUGAAGUUCUCUCUCGCCUCGUCUCUACUCGUGCCGCUCGCCGUAUUGUUGCCCACCGCUACUACGGCGCAAGGCGACGCCGGUGUUCCCGAUGAAUUCAAGCCAAAGGAUGGUAAAAAGCACCCCCCGGGCUGCUACUUUGCCGAAUACUUUGGAUCCGGGACAACACUCGAUGAAAGUGGCACGGUAGACUUUUUUGUCGCCCCAAAAGCCAAGACGUACUGCACCACCGUCUGCUUAUCGGGACGAACGGCUACCACUCUCUAUCUCAAUUACGGAGGAGCCGCCGCCGGUGAUAGCUCGGAUACCGAGUACGACUCGACCACAUCGUCCGUUUGUGGCAUGUCGCUCGAUUUCAAGAGCUACGACGCACAAACCAAGCUCGGAUGGAAGAUUCAAGCCGCCGAUUACGAUCAUUUGGUCCUCAGUUGCUUUUGUACUGAUGAUGGUACUAUUGACUACGCCGAUGUGGCCGACACGGUCGUCGAUGUGGGUGGGUCCGUCUUGUAUUCCAUUUACAAGCAUGGAUGCUUUUCGGAAUCCAUGGUGGUUUCCGUCCAGGGCAAGGGAGAUGUGCCCAUGAAGGAGUUGCAAGUGGGCGAUCUCGUCUUGACAUCCGACAACCACAAGUAUGAGCCCGUAUACAGUUUUGGUCAUUACACGCCUGACAAGACAAUGGAGUUUGUUCAGAUUGAGUACACUACUACUAGCGGUACUGGUGCUGCGGAAGAGCAGGACGGCAAUAAGCAAACUCUGGAAUUGACGGACAACCACAUGAUCAUGGUACUGGAUGACAGCAAUGUGGCCCGUGCCACUCGUGCCGACAAGGUCCAAGUCGGAGAUCGACUCUGGAAAGUGGGCGGGGCGACAAAAGAAGUCGCGACAGUGACCACCAUUACGAUUGACGAGAAGAGGGGUCUCUACAUGCCACUCACACCCAGCGGUCAGAUUGUGGUGAAUGGGGUCUUGGCAUCCAACUACGUUUCCAUCUCGGAUACUGUGCCUAGUGUGGUAAGCACGGCGCAAUGGUUCUUGCCAUUUGCGACGGAACAGACUUUGUCGCAUUGGUUUCUUUCUCCCUACCGAAUGCUUUGUCUGGGGAUCAGUUCUAGCUUUUGCGACGUUCAGCAAGGAAAUGGUGGGAACAAGGAUCAGAGUACCGUCAGCGAGGAUGACAAAGAUGAUGAAGGAAUCAUUACUUGGCUCAUGAUAGGUCACAAGAUGGCAGAGCUUGCAGAGUUGUUGCCUGCUUUGGUCCAGGCGGUUGUCAUUGGUGUGCCCAUGUUUGCAAUCUUUGCUUUCUUUAAUAUCGUGGAGACCGUGUUCCUUGGACCAGCCAUGGCUCCUUGCCUGUUUCUCUUGACGGCAGUGCUGGUUGCAAUGGUGAAGAAGCGCCAGCAGAACUAUGGUAAAGCUGGUAAUGGUGAGCUGAAGCUUCCCUUGUUGGGGUAAGAGCUGCAUGGAUGAAAGUUGCAGCUAUUUCUGUCUGCACGUAUGUUGAAGGUACUGAUUUUGAUGCCUAGCUAUAAGAUAAUGAACACAAGACAUGUUGGAGAGUAUAGAAUUAGCUGGUUCACUCACCUCUCAAGCAAUCUCCAAGCAGUAAAUAAAUAACUAUAAAGGGGAUUAAGUGAAAGGAACGUCAC